AUGUCAGAAAUAAGAACCAACGGCGCCUCUACAGCGCGUGAUACAGACUACGCGCAGUCGCUGGACCGUCGAAGUAACGUUGAUGGCAGUGAAUAUGCCUCCGACUCCUCGGAUACGGAUCUUGAAGAUGUGCCGCAAGAGGAAAAGAAAUCUAGACGGCCUCCAGAAAAUGCUUUUACUCAACAAAGGUUGCGUGCGUAUAACCCGGUGCUCACUGCCAAGACGGUGAUUCCACUUUUGAUUGCAAUUGCUGUGAUUUUCGUGCCUUUAGGUGCGGCUAUGUGGUACGCAUCGGACCGAAUUCAAGAUUUUGCCAUAGAUUACAGCAAGUGUGAAAAGCUAGCUAGCUCCAAAUACUGGACCCAGGUGCCGGACGAGUUUCUCGAACUCAAUUUCAAGACGAAAACCAAGAAUAUUAAGCACAUGCCACAAUGGAAACUCGAUACCGACGAGUCGCAACAAUUUGAAGAUGAGAGAAAUGUGUGCCGAAUCCAGUUUGAGGUACCUGAUGAUAUGAAGGGACCUAUUUAUUUCUUCUACCGCUUGCACAACUUUUACCAAAACCAUCGUCGGUACGCAAAGUCGUUUAGUGAGGAGCAAAUCGAAGGCAAGGAAGCUUCUGUGAAUACCAUUAAGAACACGGUGGGUCAGAACUGUGAACCUUUGUCUGUUCGUGAUGGAAAGAAGAUUUACCCUUGUGGCUUGAUUGCUAAUAGUAUGUUUAAUGAUACUUAUGGACACACUUUGCAGGGAGUGAACGGAACUUCCAAUGAUUACAAAUUUACCGCAAAGGGUAUUGCGUGGAAAACCGACUCGAACCGGUUCAAAAAGACAAAGUACGACCACACGGAAAUCGUGCCUCCUCCGAAUUGGUACAAGUGGUACCCCAACGGAUACAAUUCUACAAACGUGCCGGAUAUUUCAAAGUGGGAAGAAUUUCAAAACUGGAUGCACACCGCAGGCCUCCCCACAUUUAACAAAUUGGCCCUUCGUAACGAUCACGAUUCGUUGAACAAGGGAAUAUACGAGGUGACCAUUGGGCUCCAUUUCCCUGUUCUUCCUUAUAAUGGAAAGAAGUAUAUCUAUAUAUCACAGAGAUCGGUUAUUGGAGGUAAGAACGACUUUUUGGGUAUAAGUUGGAUGGCUGGAGGAGGAGUAUGCUUCCUUUUGGGGGUCACUCUUCUUAUUGUGAAUUCCAUAAAGCCCAGAAGAACGGGAGACGUGAGUCUUUUGAGUUGGAAUCAGGAACCAAAGCAAGAAACCAAGUAG